AUGAGCUCGCUGCCCAUUCCCCGGGAGCCCCUGCGUCGCGUGGCUGUGACAGGGGGCACCCAUGGCAACGAGAUGUCCGGCGUGUGCCUGGUGCAGCACUGGCUGCGGGAGCCAGGCGAGAUGCAGAGGCCCAGCUUCACCGCUGUGCCUGUAAUCGCCAACCCAAAGGCCGUGGCUGCCUGCCGCCGCUAUGUGGACCGUGACCUCAACCGAACCUUCAUCAACUCCAACCUCACCACCACGGCGACCGCAGAUGACCCGUACGAGGUGACCAGAGCCCGAGAGCUGAACCAGCUUCUGGGCCCCAAGGCUUCGGGCAAGGCCUUCGACUUCCUGCUGGACCUGCACAACACCACGGCCAACAUGGGGACCUGCCUCAUCGCCGACUCAAUCCACAACGUGUUUGUCAUGCACCUGUGCCGCCACCUGCAGCUGCAGAAUCCCGAGCAGCGGUGCCCGGUGUUACUGUACCAGCGGCCCGGGGAGGAGAGCUACAACGUCCACUCUGUGGCCAAGAACGGACUGGGCUUGGAGCUGGGCCCCCAGCCUCAGGGCGUGCUUCGGGGGGACAUUUUCUCCCGCAUGAGAUCCUUGGUGACCUCAACCCUGGACUUCAUUGAGCUCUUCAACCAGGGCGCGGCCUUCCCGGCCUUUGAGACGGAAGCCUACAGGUUCGUGGGCCUCGUGGAUUUCCCACGCACCGAGGACGGAAACCUGGCGGGCACGGUGCACCCUCAGCUGCAGGACCGGGACUUUGAGCCGCUGCACCCUGGAGCCCCCAUUUUCCAGAUGUUCAGUGGCAAGGACGUGCUGUAUGAGGGGGAGACCACUGUGUACCCCGUCUUCAUCAAUGAGGCCGCCUACUACGAGAAGGGCACUGCCUUCAUCCAGGCUGAGAAGCUGACGUUUUCUGUGCCCGCCAUGCCCGCCCUGACCUCCAGUCCCUAA